AAAAACUGUCAGUGCAAAUCAAAUAACCAAAAUAAUCUCAGGAGUUUUCUUACUUAGUGGUAUUUUAUAAAAGCAAAUAUUAGUGAAUAAUUAUCUUUAAAUAUAAUUUCAGUUCCGACCAAACCUUUCAAACAAUAAUUAAGUAUAUAAUGGUUUAAGCAUGACUUGCAGAAAAAGAAUAAAGACGUAGUUACGCUCUUGCUCGAAUUUAGAUAAGAUUUUAGAAAACACAGGAAAAAUGUCUUCAGACCAUCCCAAGAAAGCAGGAAAACUUGCCCCUCUUUCACCACCACCAAUUGUUGAUAUAUCUGAUGAUGAAUUAGUAACUAUCUCUGUUAGAGAUCUCAAUAGGCAAUUAAAACUAAGAGGCCUUUCUAGAGAAGAAAUUGUGCGCAUGAAACAAAGGCGAAGAACAUUAAAAAACCGAGGAUAUGCAGCAUCAUGUAGAAUAAAAAGGAUUGAACAAAAAGAUGAACUGGAAACAGAGAAGACACAGGAAUGGAAGGACAUGGAGAAUAUGCAAGAUGAUGUGGUUUCAUAUAGAAAUGAAAUGAAUGAAAUCAAAGAUAGGUAUGAAGCUCUGAAAAGGUUUGCAGUGACAAAUAAGAUUAGCAUUCCACCAGAACUUGAACAAUUAUAGCAUUAGUUUUACCUAUAAAUGAUGUAUAAUUUAAGUAUAUACUGUUUAAUUUAAAUAUAUUUUUUUAUUAAAAAAUGUUUUUUUGCAUAUUUUCAAGCACAUAUGUUUCAAAACGUAAUGUAUAGAAAAUAACUAAAAAUCUCAAUAAUUAUAAUUAAAAAAAUUGUAAAACAGUGCUUAGAUAGACAAUUGAAAUGGAAAAUUGUAACUGGCUGUACACAUCAUGUUUUUUUGAUAAAAUAUGUUUUUACCUGAUAUGUUUUUUAGUAACAUUAUUUAAAGUUAGAAGUCUGGUAAAGUAAAACAGUUUUGCUACCUCCAAAAAGUAAUUUAUGUAAGCAUAUUACUUUUGCCAUGGAACUAUAGAUCUCUUAUUUCUCUACAUGUAGUUAGAUUUAUUUUGGUGGCUGAUGCAUGGUGGUGACUGAGUCAUCUCUAUGCUUCGGAGAGCAGAUAAAAUCAUUUGUCCCCAGCUACAUUAGUAGACAUUAACACUAAAACCUGAGCCAGGUUACAUGAAUGGAAGAUGUACAGUACACCAAUUGGCUACAGUAUGACCAAUUAUAACAACAAAUGGCUUGCCAAAAAAACUCAAAGAGCUAGUGAAAUAUGGAAAUUUUCUUAAUAAAAAUAUGUAUUAUAUUUUAUGUAUAUUCGUUUAGUUUUUCUGAGCAAAAUCAGUCAAAAUAUGAUCAUAGUUUUAUGUGAAUUGAUUCAUUCAUUUUGAUUCAUAUAUGUCAUACUGUUAAGUACAACCUUCUUCCUCCUCAUUCCUUGAGUCCUUGUCAGGGUGUGGUGGCACUCUAAAUAUUAUUAGGCUCUUUCCAUUGGCUGCGAUCCUGUGCCUUAUGGAUGGCUUUAUGUAGAUUUUCCCUUCAGAGUCUUCAUUUGGUCUGUCCAUCGUAUUGGAGAUCUUCCUCUUGGUCUUCAGCGUUCUACCUUUCUGUCUACUACCAAUAGUUCCAUGGUCCCUGAUCUUCUAGCUAUGUGGCUGAAGUAAAUUAGGUAUGCUCGGUUUACUUUUUUUUAAUAGCCUAUCCUUUAUAUGAAGCUCUUUCAGAAUUGACAAGUUGGUUCUAUGUUCUGUGCAGGAAUGCGUAGAAUUCUUCUAUAGCAUAUAUUUUUUUGAGAGUCCAUGUUUCAGCUGCAUUUGUAGAAAUGGGAAAAAUAAGGACAUUAACCAAACUGAGCUAAGUAUGCCUUGUUAAUGUUUGUUUUUUCCAUAUUUUAAUCAGUUUAGCUGUUGUGGAUUGGGCCAUUGCUAGUAUAUGCUUGAUUUCUGAAGAGCAAUCGCCAUUGUUGGUUAUCAGAGAGCCCGAGUAUAUAAAUCUAUCUACCACAUUGAAAUUUUCCACUUAAUGUAUGUGCGGUAGAUUAUUAUUUGCUCUGUCCACGAUCAUUAUUUUUGUUUUUCCGGUGUUGAUCUGAAGUCCAAAUUCACUGCUUAUCUGGCUUAGCUGUUCAAUAAUGGUAAUCUUCCAACGACUUACAAAACACAGGCAAUCCAAAACCUAACAUGGCAACCUCAUGGUAGAAGGAAAAGAGGAAGACCUCGCCUCAGUUGGAAAGAAGGCAUAAAUCGGGAAAUGUGAGACAGAGAAAUAGAGGAAACCCUAUGUACGGAUUUAUAUUUACGGAGAAGCGCAAAACUGGUCUUUCUAGGAACUCUUUCUAAAAGGUCGGCUCAAUGAUAAUCGCCGCGGUUCAACCCGAAAGCCCGUUGAGUUUAAUAUUAAUUCUUGGAAUAGUAUUAACCUUGGGCCGUAGGAAACUCAAUGGGAAAUUAUAAACUGCUGAAUUCCUGCUUACCUAAUUAUUUUACAUCAAAUAUUAUAAGAAACUAUUUAAGAGAACUAAAAUCUGUAUUGAAAAAGAAACUGUUAAAAUUGUUCUACAUUUCAUCAUUUUGCAAAAAAUACAAUACAUUUGGGGUGGCCCAUCCGUAUACGUCUCGGUUUCUGUAUAGAAAACAAUUAAAUAUCCAAAUUUUUUUCUUCACAGAAAUAUACAGGGCCAAUAACGCUACAAUUUAAAAAUAAUGUGAAUUAUACAAGAUGCUCAAAAAAAGAGUGGUAUAUCAAAGUUAUAUUUUUUUUAUUGAACACCCUAUAUUUAAUGAUAUUUUUUAAUUUUCCUUACUUUUAUGAUUCGCUAUACUUCAAUACAGAGUGUUUUGAUUUAUUUCGAUUUUUAUAAAAAUAUAAGGUUUUAGAAAAAAUUAAAUAUCUACGAAUUUACUUAUUUACGUACUUAUUUAAUAAUAAACACCCUGUAUUUUAUUAGUCUGUACUGUGGAAAAUUAAUUUAGCUAUAUAAUAUAACAAGCGAGUCUUCUACAGCUGGCGCCGCUUCUCGCAUCCUAAUUUCCAGCGUUUUCUGUCGAAGCAAUCUUCAGUUGUUAGAUCUCUGGCGGUCAUUGCAUCGUCGACAUCGUCUCUCCAGGAUCGUCUUGGUCUACCUCGUUUUCUUCUAGUUGGCGGAGUCCAUUCUUCUAUUUUUUUUGGCCAUCUAUUUUUCGGCAUUCUCUGAAGGUGUCCAUACCAGUUAAGUCUUUUGGCUUCGAUUGUGUCUAUUAUGUCUAGAUCGAUUUCCAUUUCUCUCCGAAUAUCUUCGUUUCUCACCCUAUCAAGUCUAGUGAGCUGGCAACAUCGUCUCCAGUACCUAGUUCAUUUCCAUGGCCUUAAUUUUUGAUUUGUUUCUUUGGUUUAUUUCCCAGAGUUCGGCGCCGUACAGUCCAAUACUUUCUAUUAUUGUUUUAUAAAUUUUUCUAUUUUCUUUUGUUAUUUUUUUAUUCCAUAAUAGUCCGUGUAGCUGUCUGGUGGCUGAUCUUGCUUGGGCAAUCCUGGAAUGUAUUUCUUCGCUACUUCCUGCUUUUGAUGUUAUUUGAACUCCCAAGUACUUAAAAUUGUCUGUCGGUUUUAUAGUUCCCAUUUCGAUUUGUAGGCUUUCUGGUUUUUCUCCUACAACUAAGUACUCAGUUUUUUGUAUAUUAAUUGUGAGGCCCCAUUUGGUGUACUCAUCUUCCAGUUUUCUAAGCAUGUUUAUAUCACUCUCGUCUUCAGCUAGAAUGGCUUGGUCGUCAGCGAAAUGUAUCGUGUACAAUCUAUCAUCUCCGAUUGGGAUGCCCAUAUUGCAGCACUUUCUUCUCCACAUUGAGAGUGCCUCAUUUAGAUAUAUUUUGAAGAGUGUAGGUGCUAUGCAGCAGCCUUGCUUUAGGCCCUUACUAACUUUGCCGUCAUAUUUUUGUAGAGUUGUUGUACUGCUUGUAUAUUUUUCUUGCUUAUUCCUUGUUUUUCCAUUGCUACCCAAAGUAUUGAAAGUGGUACACUAUCGUAUGCCUUUGUGAGAUCUAUAAAGACUAUAUGAGUUGAAAGGUUAUGGGCUAAUCUUUUCUCGAUAACUUGCUUUAGAGAGAAUAUACUGUCCAUGCAGGAUCUGCCUGCACGAAAGCCAUUCUGUUCUUCUACAUCUGUCAUCUCUUUUUCAAUUUUAUUUUUUAUUAUUUUUCCAUACAGUAUUGAGAGUGAAUUUAUGACACUUAGCUCCCUAUAGUUUGAACAAUUCUUUCUAUCUCCUUUUUUGUAUAUGUUGUUAAUAUGUGCUUUUGUCCACUCCGGUGGUAAGUCGUGUCCAUUAUAAAAUAAGGUGGGACAUACGCCAGUAAUUCCCGUAAUACUUGUGGGCUAUGUUUUAAUAAUUCAUUUUAUAUACUUUGUGGUCCGCAUGACUUCCCAUUUUUUAGAGUUCGUAUUGCAUUCUCGACUUCCUGUACUGUUAUUUCAUCGUCUUCACUGAAUUCCAGUUCAUAUGUUGUUGUACUGAUGUUCGUGAAUUGAGGUCUUGUUUCAGUCAAAAGUUGUGAGUAGUGUUCUAUCCAAGAUUUUUCUUCUAUUAAAUCUAUUCUACUCGUUUCUUUUCUGUUUGUUCUCAGAUUUUUUACCGUUUUCCAUGCUUCUCUUGAUCUUGUUGACCCUAUAUAUUUGUUGAGUUCUUCGCAUUUACUUUCCCAGGAAAUAUUUUUUGCUUUAGUUACUAAGUCUAGCUUUCAAUCUAAAUGAGGGUUUUCUAUACCUAUCUCCCUUCAUUUUUAAAAUAGGUAUUUAAAGAUUUCCUUAUUUGUUAGCUGUAACACAAUAUAGGGUGCUAUAAAAAAAAGCUAAGUAAACUUUUCACACGACGGGCUAAUAAUAUAGGGCUCAGUGGUAAGAGCGCCUACCUUUGAACCUAAAGGUCGUGAGUUCGAAUCUCACCUGGGUGGAGAAAUUUUCGUUUAUUAAAAAUUAAUGAAUGAAAAUAAUUUCUAUCCUUGUGCGAUCGGUACUCAUCGGAGGGACCGCAGACGUUCGGAUACAAUUAGCAUCGACAAUGACGAUGCAUUGAUUAGCAAAGACAAUGACGUCGACUUUGCUAAGUAUCAAGAUAAUUACUCUACACACACACACCCACACUACACUAGGUACCUGACUGUAAAAAUUCACUGUACCAUGCCAAUGAACAUUAGUUGUCGACGCAUUAAACUC